AUGGCAAAGAUGGCAACCUUGAUUUUGGAGGACGGGGCGACGUUUAGUGGCCGCCUUUUUGGUGCAAGUGUGUCGGUUUCUGGAGAAGUUGUGUUUCAGACGGGCAUGGUGGGCUACCCAGAGGCCCUGACGGACCCCUCCUACCGCUGCCAGCUGCUCACACUCACCUACCCUCUGGUCGGAAACUACGGAGUACCGAAGGAUGAGGAGGGAGAGUUUGGACUGAGCAGGUGGUUCGAGUCAUCCAGGAUCCACGCGGCGGCUUUGAUCAUUGGAGAGCUGUCGGACAGUCCCAGCCACUGGAGCUCGGUCAAGUCUCUGGACCAGUGGCUCAAAGAGCAAGGCAUUCCCGGAUUGCAAGGGGUGGACACCCGCCGGCUGACCAAAAAGAUCCGGGAGAAGGGCACCAUGCUGGGGAAGCUGGUUCUGGACGGGACUCCUGAAGACAGCGUCCCCCUGGAAAACCCGAACCAGAGAAACCUGGUCAAGGAGGUGUCCAUGAAGGAGCCGAGGAUAUUCAACCCCAGUGGCAGCUUGCGCAUCACAGCGUUGGACUGCGGCAUAAAGUACAACCAGAUCCGCUGCCUGGCCCGGAGAGGGGCCCGCGUCACAGUGGUGCCGUGGGACCACCCGCUGGAUGUCUCUGAUUUUGACGGUCUGUUCAUCAGUAAUGGACCCGGGGACCCCGAGUUCUGCACGGCCACCGUCAACAACGUGAGGAAGGUGGUCUGUGUGGAUCAACCGAAGCCGGUUUUCGGCAUCUGUCUGGGACACCAGCUGCUCUCUUUGGUCAUCGGGGCAAAGACCUACAAGAUGAAGUAUGGAAACCGCGGCCACAACCAGCCGUGCGUCCACAACGGAACGGACCGCUGCUUCAUCACCAGCCAAAACCACGGCUUCGCGGUGGACCCCGACACGCUGCCGGCCGACUGGGACCACAUGGCCGGCCCCACAGACCUGCUGAGCCUGUUUGACGUCUUCCUCGACACCGUGAAAGACCACAAAGAGGGAGUUUCUGCUAAAUCUGUGAAGCAGCGUUUGCUGGACCACCUCACGUACCCCGGCUCCCCGAAAGCUGAAGAGGUUGUCAGACCCAGGAAAGUCCUCAUCCUGGGCUCUGGGGGUCUGUCCAUCGGCCAAGCUGGAGAGUUCGACUACUCGGGCUCACAGGCUAUUAAGGCUAUGAAGGAGGAGAAUGUCCAGACGGUGCUGAUCAACCCCAACAUCGCCACUGUCCAGACCUCCAAAGGUCUCGCGGACAAAGUGAUAAAGAACGAGCGUCCCGACGGCGUUCUGCUGACCUUCGGCGGCCAGACGGCGCUGAACUGCGGCGUGGAGCUGACCAAGCUGGGCGUGCUGGAGAAGUACAACGUCAGGGUCCUGGGAACGCCGGUGGCCUCCAUCGAGAUGACGGAGGACAGGAAGGUCUUCGUGGAGAAAAUGGAGGAGAUCAACGAGCACGUCGCCCCCAGCGAGGCGGCGCUGUCCGUGGAGCAGGCGGUGGCGGCGGCGGAGCGCCUGGGUUACCCGGUCCUGGUCCGCUCCGCCUUCGCUCUGGGCGGUCUGGGCUCCGGCUUCGCCAACGGCCGGGAGGAGCUGGUCGCCCUGGUAACGGCGGCCUUCGCCCACACCUCCCAGGUGCUGGUGGACAAAUCCCUCAAGGGAUGGAAGGAGAUCGAGUACGAAGUGGUCCGAGACGCCUACGACAACUGCAUCACAAAUAUCGACCCCCUGGGCAUCCACACCGGGGAGUCCAUAGUGGUGGCCCCCAGUCAGACUCUGAACGACUAUGAGUACAACAUGCUGCGCAACACGGCCAUCAAAGUCAUCCGCCACCUCGGCAUCGUGGGGGAGUGCAACAUCCAGUAUGCUUUGAACCCGGAGUCGGAUCAGCUGGGCCUGGGAAUCCCGCUGCCACUGCUCAAGAAUUCUGUCACCAACUCGACGACGGCCAACUUCGAGCCCAGCCUGGACUACUGCGUGGUGAAAGUGCCCCGCUGGGAUCUCAGCAAGUUCCUCCGGGUUUCCACCAAGAUCGGCAGCUCCAUGAAGAGCGUUGGGGAGGUGAUGGCCAUCGGUCGGAGCUUCGAGGAGGCCUUCCAGAAAGCUCUGAGGAUGGUGGACGAGAACUGCGUCGGCUUCGAUCCCAACAUCAAACCCGUCUCUGAGAAGGAGCUCCAGACUCCCACCGACAAGCGCAUCUUCGUGCUGGCGUCGGCGUUCCAGGCCGGCUACACGGUGGACCAGCUGUACGCGCUCACCAAGAUCGACCGCUGGUUCCUGCACAAGAUGAAGAACAUCGCCGACCACGAGCGGCUGCUGCAGACCUACAACCAGAUCGCCGUGGCCGUCCAGAGCACUGAGCUGGCCGUCAGAAAGCUGCGGCACGACUGGUCCAUCGUCCCGGUGGUGAAGCAGAUCGACACGGUGGCGGCGGAGUGGCCGGCCCACACCAACUACCUGUACCUCACCUACCACGGCACGGAGAACGACCUGGGCUUCGGCGAGCAGCACGUGAUGGUGAUCGGAUCGGGCGUGUACCGCAUCGGCAGCAGCGUGGAGUUCGACUGGUGCGCCGUCGGGUGCAUCACAGAGCUCAGGAAGAUGGGCUAUAAGACCAUCAUGGUGAACUACAACCCCGAGACUGUCAGCACAGACUACGACAUGUGUGACCGUCUCUACUUCGAUGAGAUCUCCUUUGAGGUGGUGAUGGACAUCUAUGAGAGGGAGAACCCGGAGGGCGUGAUCCUCUCCAUGGGGGGCCAGCUGCCCAACAACAUCGCCAUGUCCCUGCACCGCCAGAAGUGCCGCAUCCUGGGAACGUCCCCCGAGUUCAUCGACAGCGCCGAGAACCGGUUCAAGUUCUCCCGCAUGCUGGACACCAUCGGCAUCAGCCAGCCGCAGUGGAAGGAGCUCGGCGCGGCCAUGAACGUGGCCUACAGCGACCGGGACCUGGAGAAGUACCUGAGCAACGCCACGGCCGUGUCCAAGGAGCACCCCGUCGUCAUCUCCAAGUUCAUACAGGAGGCAAAGCACGUGGAGAACGCCGGCGUGCACUCGGGCGACGCCACGCUGGUGACGCCGCCCCAGGACCUCAACCAGAAAACUAUCGACAGGAUCAUGAGGAUCGUCCACGCCAUCGGCCAGGAGCUGCAGGUCACGGGACCCUUCAACCUGCAGCUGAUCGCCAAGGACGACCAGCUGAAGGUGAUCGAAUGCAACGUACGAGUCUCCCGCUCCUUCCCGUUCGUGUCCAAGACGCUGGGGGUGGACCUGGUUGCCUUGGCGACGCGGGUCAUCAUGGGAGAGGAUGUGGAGCCAGUGGGUCUGAUGAGAGGGAAAGGAGUGGUGGGGGUGAAGGUGCCCCAGUUCUCCUUCUCUCGACUGGCCGGCGCUGACGUGGUCCUCGGGGUGGAGAUGACCAGCACCGGAGAGGUGGCGUGUUUCGGGGAGAACAGAUACGAGGCCUACCUCAAGGCCAUGAUCUCCACCGGCUUCAAGAUCCCCAAGAAGAACAUCCUGCUGUCCAUCGGCAGCUACAAGAACAAGAGUGAGCUGCUGCCCACCGUACAGGCUCUGGAGUCUCUGGGAUACGACCUGUACGCCAGCCUGGGAACGGCUGACUUCUACACAGAGCACGGGGUCAAGGUGACCGCCGUCGAUUGGCCGUUUGAGGAGGAGGACAGCGACUGUCCCAACAAAGAGAAGCAGCGCAGCAUCAUGAACUACCUGGAGGAGAACCACUUCGACCUGGUGGUGAACCUCUCCAUGAGGAACAGCGGCGGGCGGAGGAUCUCCUCCUUUGUCACCAGAGGCUACAGGACCAGGCGCAUGGCGGUGGACUACUCGGUCCCGCUCAUCAUCGACAUCAAAUGCACCAAGCUCUUUGUUCAGGCUCUCCGUCAGAUUGGAAGUUUUCCCCCAGUGAAGACUCACAUUGACAGCAUGGCCUCCCAGACGCUGGUCCGCCUGCCCGGUCUGAUUGAUGUGCAUGUUCACCUGCGGGAGCCCGGCGGCACGCAUAAGGAGGACUUCUCCUCCGGCACGGCGGCUGCUCUGGCGGGGGGAGUGACCCUGGUGUGUGCGAUGCCCAACACCUCCCCCGCCAUCACCGACGCCAGCUCCCUGGCCCUGAUGCAGCGGCUGGCCAAAGCCGGGUGCCGGUGCGACUAUGCUCUUUAUGUGGGCGCGGCCUCGGACAACGCCGCCCAGCUGCCGCACAUCGCCAGCCACACCGCCGGCCUGAAGAUGUACCUGAACGACACCUACUCCACCCUGAAGAUGGACAACCCCGGGGCCGGUCAGGCCGCCCCCGUGCAGGCGGCCCACUUCCAGACGUCCCCGCUGCUGCACGCCUUCGUGGGCCAGCACAUCCUCUCCGUCAGGCAGUUCAGCAAGGAGCAGAUCUCACACCUUUUCAACGUUGCUCACACUUUGCGUUUGAUGGUUCAAAAGGAGCGAAGCCUGGAAAUCCUAAAGGGAAAGGUGAUGGCGUCCAUGUUCUUCGAGGUGAGCACGCGCACCAGCAGCUCCUUCACGGCAGCCAUGCAGCGCCUGGGCGGCUCCGUCGUCCACUUCAGCGACUCCACCUCGUCCUCCCAAAAAGGAGAAUCGCUGGCAGACUCUGUGCAGACGAUGAGCAGCUACGCCGACGUCCUGGUGCUCCGGCACCCAACGCCCGGCGGCGUGGAGAAAGCGUCUCGCCUUUCCCGUAAGCCGGUGAUCAACGCGGGCGACGGCGUGGGCGAGCAUCCCACCCAGGCCCUGCUGGACGUCUUCACCAUCAGGGAGGAGCUGGGCACGAUCACCAUGGUCGGGGAUCUGAAACAUGGCCGCACCGUCCACUCUCUGGCCAAACUGCUGACUCAGUACCGCAUCACGCUGCGCUACGUGGCGCCCAAAAACCUCCACAUGCCAGCAGAGAUCACCAACUAUGUGGCCUCUAAAGGGAUCAAGCAGGAGACCUUUAAAAACAUCGAGGAGGCUCUGCCAGAGACCGACGUGCUCUACAUGACCCGGAUUCAGAAGGAGCGGUUCGGAUCUGACGAGGAGUACCAAGCCUGUUUCGGUCAGUUCAUCCUGACUCCUCACAUCAUGACGGCCGCCAAAAAGAAGAUGGUGGUGAUGCAUCCACUGCCCAGAGUCAAUGAAAUCAGCCCGGAGGUGGAUACAGACCCGAGGGCGGCGUACUUCCGUCAAGCAGAGAAUGGCAUGUACAUCCGAAUGGCUCUUUUGGCCACCGUACUGGGCAAAUAA